GAUGACCUAAUGGAACUGAAUUCACACGUAGUGCUUUUUGGGGUCCUGGUGCUGUGCUGUGGCUCAGCUAACGGCAGUAUCCUGUACCGCGUCCAGGAGGAGCAGCCUCCCAACACCCUUAUUGGUAGCCUGGCAGCCGACCAGGGACUGCCUGACUCGGGUCACCUCUACAAGCUAGAGGUGGGUGCCCCUUACCUCCGUGUCGAUGGAAAGACGGGGGACAUUUUCACCACAGAGAUCCCCAUAGACAGAGAGACCCUGAGGGACUGUCGAACGCUGGGUAAGGGUAAACCCUGCUACCUGGAAUUUGAAGUAUCAGUCACAGAUCUGAUACAAAAUCAAAGCCCACGACUUAUUGAAGGACGUAUCGAGGUACAGGACAUCAAUGACAAUACCCCACAGUUUCCCUCUUCUGUGCUCACCAUCUCUGUCCCAGAGAACACGAUCAUGGGGGCACUGUUCUCCAUACCCUUAGCCACAGACAGGGACUCAGACAGGAAUGGGGUAGCUGACUACGCGCUGACGGCCGGUCCAGAUGCAGCAACCCUGUUUGGUUUACAAGUGGCCGACGACAGGGGAGGGAAGCUCCCACAGCUGAUUGUCCUGGGCAACCUGGAUCGUGAGUUAAAGGAUUCCUAUGACCUCACCAUCAAGGCAGUGGAUGGAGGAAACCCUCAGCGCUACAGCAGUGCUUUGCUUAGAGUCGUGGUCACCGAUGCCAAUGAUAACGCCCCCAAGUUUGAAAAGUCCACGUAUGAGGCCGAGGUUUCUGAAAAUAGCCCAGUGGGGCACUCUGUAUUGCAGGUCAGAGCAAAUGACUCGGACAUGGGCCCUAAUGGAGAAAUUGAGUACACCCUUCAUCAGGCGGUAGACCCAGUGCCGAAACUCUUGCGAAUUGAUCGGUCCACUGGUGUUAUCUAUGUCAAAGGGUCACUGGACAGGGAGGAAAUCAGCAGCCUGUCCUUCUAUGUGAUGGCAAAGGAUAAGGGUCCUCAACCUAAGAGCUCAAAGACAUUUGUUACCAUUGAGGUGACAGACCAAAAUGACAACGCACCAGCUGUGGAGAUCCGUGGGAUUGGUCUUGUGACACAUAGUGAGGGAGUGGCGAAUAUUUCCGAAGACAUGCCAGUGGGAACAGCCGUAGCUUUGGUGCAAGUGUCUGACAACGAUGAGGGAGAGAAUGCUGUGGUGACUUGUGUGGUUGCAGGAGAUGUGCCCUUCCAGCUUCGCCCUGCCAGUGACUCGUCCAGUGACAACAAGAGGAAGUAUUUUCUACAGACCACAACUCCUCUUGACUACGAAAGGGUUAGGGAUUACCGAGUCGAGAUCGUGGCCGUGGACUCUGGAAAUCCAGCGCUCUCAAGUACAAAUUCAUUGAAGGUGCAGGUGACUGACAUGAACGACAACUCUCCAAUAUUCUCCCCAAACUUGUUUGAAGUGAAUUUUGCAGAAGAAAACCAACCAGGGGAAAAGGUAUUGGAUGUUAUAGCGUCGGAUGCUGACAGCGGCAUGAAUGCGGAACUCCUCUAUAAUAUAGUGGCCGACUCAUCCAUCAAAGGUCUCUUCGAGAUUGACCCAAAUACAGGUGAAGUCAGAGCCCGAAGCCCACUUGAUCGUGAACAUAAAGAAAGAUAUGAGUUCCGUGUUACAGCAGCAGAUAAAGGUUCACCUGUUCAUAAAGGAUCAGCGACAGUUGUGAUAAACGUCCUUGACCGCAACGACAAUGACCCCAAGUUCAUGCUCAGUGGCUACAGCUUUUCAGUUUUGGAAAACAUGCCUCCCCUCAGUCCAGUUGGUAUGGUGACAGUCUUGGACCAGGAUAAAGGUGAGAAUGCUCAUGUUCAACUCUCUGUAGAGCCUGAUGGAGGGAAGUUUGUCGUUCAAAAUGGAACGGGCACCAUUCUCUCAAGCAUCUCAUUCGACAGGGAGAAAGAAAGCAGCUACACCUUCCGUCUAAAAGCAGUAGACAGAGGAGAGCCACCCAGGUCUUCGUAUGUGGCUGUAACUAUCAAUGUACUGGAUGAAAAUGACAAUGACCCUGUGGUUACUAAGCCCUCCAAUUCCUCCUUCAGGCGUCUGUCUCCUCUGGCUUCCCCGGACAGCCAUGUGGAAAUAGUGGAAGCUGAAGAUCUAGACAGUGGGCCUAAUGCAGAACUGGUCUUCGGUAUUGCUGGUGGAAACCCUUACCAGCUAUUUCGCAUCUCUCCUUCCAGUGGGGAGAUCACUCUCGCAAAGGAGAUGACCAGCAAACAUGGUGGACUGCAUCGCCUAGUGGUGCGAGUUAGUGAUAGGGGCAAGCCUGCUCGUCACGCAACGGCCUUGGUCCACAUCUAUGUCAAUGAAACCAUUUCAAAUGUCAGCUUAGUGGAGGCCCUAGUAGGACACAGUCUUUACACUCCACUGGACAGGGACAUUGCUGGGGAUCCUGACAGUGGCUUUGCAGCACAGCGUAGUAACAUUUUAUUUGGAAGCCUUGCUGGUGUGGCAGGCGUCGUCAUGUUGAUCUUGGUGGUGGUUUUCAUUCGACACCGCAUCCAGAGAGAAACUAAAAGUGGGUAUCAGGCUGGCAAAAAAGAAACAAAGGACUUAUAUGCUCCCAAACAGGUACCAAAGAAUACCAAAGGCAAACGAGGGAGGAAAGGAAAACCCCAAAAGUCCCCAAAACCACUUGGAGAAGACGAGGAAGUCAGCCUACAAAAGAGUCUCAAGUUCAACCUUGAUGGAGUCAAUGAUAGCCCCAGGAUACACCUUCCCUUAACAUAUUCACCAGGAAGCCCAGACAUAGGCAGGCACUACCGCUCCAACUCUCCCUUACCUUCCAUCCAGCUGCAGGCCCAAUCACCCUCUGCCUCACAGAAGCAUCAGGCUGUCCAGGACCUUCCUGCUGCCAACACCUUUGUUGGAACGGGAGGAGAUGACAACUCUACCGGAUCAGACCAGUACUCAGAUUACAGCUACAAGACCAGCCAACCGAAGUACAACAACAAACAGCAUCCCCAUCGGCGAGUGACCUUCUCCACCGCCAACCCCGUGCAGGACCUGCAGGACGCCUCCCAGCACAGCUACUAUGACAGCGGCUUGGAGGAAUCUGAGACUCCCAGCAGCAAGUCGUCGUCUGGUCCCCGCAUCGGACCCCUGACCCUGCCCGAGGACCACUACGAGAGAACCACUCCAGACGGCAGCAUCGGAGAGACCGAACACCCGGAAAAUGAUAUCCGCUCCCUCCCCGACGUGGCGAUGACCGGAAACUGCACGCCGGAGUGCAGCGAGCUGGGCCACUCGGACGCCUGCUGGAUGCCCGGGCAUCCCUCCCCCGUGCGCAAGACCAGGAACCCCCCGAAGCUCUCCACCUUCGUGCCUUACCAGGAGAGAGGGAGCCUGGGUCGCCUGGCGAACGGGAGUGCCAGGCUGGGUGGCGAGGAGCAGCACCGGUCGCGCCUUCCGCCCUCCCGCAGUGCCUAUUCCAACAGCGGUCACGACGCCAGUCAGGACUGCCCCUUAGAGGAGAUGCCCCUGAGCGCAGCCUCUGAGUUCCCAACCCCCUCCCCGUCUGCCCACACUCCGAAAAGGGAAAUUUACCUGUGAGAUUUAUCAUUGUCUGAUUGGCACACGAAUGAGGAAAGAUACGCCCACUAUCAGAAGGAGAAACAGGCUGUCCCCUAAAGCCAAUGCCCGUUUUUGUAGGAAACUAUAGUCUGUGACUCAUUCAAUCACUGGCAUGAACACUUGUUUUUGUCAUUUUUCCUCCUUAAAUUAUUAAUUUAUUAGCAUAUUUAUUAAGAAAUCCACAAAGUUAAUUGAUGCACUCACUCACUCACUCACUCAUUUAUUUAUACAAAAUCUUGAAGGAUACAAUUCAAACAGAUCCACAGGAAGUGCAGAUGGUGAUUGCUACUUUAGUACUAAGUGGUUAUUGUUGUAGUUAGCCAAUUUCCCAUUCUGUGAAGUGAUCUCUUUAAAUCUGAAAGUUGUGAUCAGUGCUCUUGUGCCAUCAUUAGCUAUUAUUUCAUAGACAGCCAGUCAGGCCCUUACAAAAGGCACGACUUAUAAAUCAAGUGAAACGGUCUCUCUUAAUGUACAGUGCUGUAAAUACAUUUGAAUGGUGUGUUCUACAUAUAUUUUUGUCCGGCUUAAACAAAAAAAAAAAAAAAAGUUUGCCUCAGAAUUUCUAGCAUAUUUAAGCUUUUCUUUGCUGCUGCUGUUUAAACUUGAUUGAAACCGUCUCCUGAGGUGGAGCUCGAGAUUGUGGAAGGCAUUUAUCCGCUCCCCGCAAUCACACACACCUUCGACCCCUAAUCAUAGCAGAAUGGCCUUUACCUCUGCUCCCUGCAGAGCUCUGCCGCUGGUGGAGAAAGCUAUGUGGAAACAUUCCAGCUGACAUUGUGUAUUUCCACCGACUCUCAGCACUGUGACCUAUCGUUCGUCAUGAAAACGGUUGACUUGGCCACAGCACCCCCGGAGUCACAGUGACCAAACGCAGGGUGCUCACCAGACACGUUCUGAUUGGUGUUUCUUAUAAAAGCGUGUGACUCACCCCGUCGAUUAAAAUCAUGACAGUGUGUCGGUUCCGGAGCGCUUUCCUCUACUGUGACAAUCAGACGGGCUCCACGUGCCGGCUGGCGGCCCUUCCCUCUCGAGCUCGAAAGUCCUCUCCCCUCGUGAUCUAUAAGUGCAUCAGUGGAUCUGAUGAAUGCAUGACUUAUUUACAUGAAAGGGCACUUGAGUGUUGAGAGCCACUGGAGAGACGGAGUACUGCUAAAAGUUGAUAUCACGCUGGUGUAACCUAGACGAGUGCUCUGCAUUCGGAGUACGUCGUUGUUUUUCAAAGUGUAAUUUCUCACGAUAUAUAUAUAUAUAUAUACAAUAUAUGCUUCUUCAGAGGUGAAGUCAACACACCACACUCACAGAAACAAUUGGAUUAGCCGAUAAUGUGCUUUUUUUUUACCAAUAGAAGGUUUUAAGAACUUUUUUGGAAUCUAUGUCAAUAAGGUGAAGGAUUUCAAAAUGAAUAUUUGUUUAGUGUCAGUAAAUAUUUUCCGCAAGAGUAGACAAUUGUUGAGUCCAAACUUAGCUUUGGAAAACGGGACUGAGGCCAGAUUUACCUCAACCCCAGUAAAUGGUGAUUAUCCUUGUAUUGAGGACAACAUGCUUAAUAAGUUAUUAGGCAUUUUUUUCUCCUCUGGCUACUGAACACAGAAUAAGAAAAUGGGGCAUGCCCGUGGGCUUCCUUCCUUUACAACGAUUUUCCAGGCGAAUGUGAAGGAAUGCAUCUGAAGGACACUAUAUAUUAGUCAGUAAUUGGAUGUUAAUGAUGACUACACUAGGCUGCCGCACAACAUCGCAGAGCCAGCCACCGCCUUUGAAUUAAACAUUGAUUUGAUUAGAUUUGUAGAUACCUUUCACCUCUGCGGAGUGUUUCCACAGUGAGAUUGCGUCUCUGAGUGAGGCUGGAAGAGCCCAAAAUGGACAUUUUCCUAAUUAGGGUGAGUAAUGAGUCCUGAGCUGGGGCAUGUGUGAGAGCACCCCCAGGACAAGGCACCCACCAGAUAAUGCAAAUCCACCCGCAGAGCUACAAUCAGAUGAAAGGGUUAUUUUUAUCAGCACUUACCUCAUCACGCCACCAUUGAAAACUGCAUUUAGAAUAAUUAAAGUGAAAACAUAUGGAAAUUACUAGACACGGCCAUGAUUAAAUAAGGUGGGCGAUUAUCCUGCCUUGAGGGGGAGAAAGCACAUUAUGCCGUUUUCAAAGCCAUUUAGCGACUGAAAUAAAAUUCAAACAACAGCCAUGAUACACUGUGAUUAAACCCCCCACGGCUCCCCCGAGCGCCCCUCUCAGUGCUGAGAAUAGCCGCUUCGCUAGCCGAGAGCACCGGGUAGGACCGCUGACCUGGAAUUAAUGACAAGUGAGAAAGAUGGCACUGAGUGAUAAAACCAAUGUCACGUAGCCGCAAUCAUAACUUUAUCUAUUUAAAGGCUUUUGACUCCAUUCGGAUUCACAACCAAUCUCUCGCAAUCCUGGGGUUUAUCUCCGGCGUUAAGUCUUAACCUGAUUCCAGCCUGUUGCGCGCUUUAUCGUGUUAGUGAAUCUGGGAUGUAUCAUCAGAUUUGUCUUUUUGAUCACCAGUUCAUUAAUUGAAACGAGCUUCGCUCCUCAGCAGAUAAGUCAUAAUCGUCGGCUUGUUGCACCGAAUGGAAUGACGGGAGUCUGAUUUAAAAGUCCGCCGCAACACAAAAACAAGCCUGAGCCUAUUACCCACCACCACCCCCUCCCCCCUGCCUCCCUGCCCCCCCUCUCACUCUCUCUUGAUGAGUCGGACUCUUUCACUCCGGCCGGUAACGACCUCCCGCUACUCACCCCUGGAACAAUAUAUCACCGGGUCUGACCUUUCUUUUGAACUCAUGCUGAAUGAACUGUGUUUACUUCUCUCUCUCAAACACAGAUCGGUCCUCCUUGACCGAAAACAGGAGGACGUCAUGAAGCACCAAAAACGCACUCGAAAAGUGUGUUGAGUAAUGUUUAAUUUGUACUUAACAUUGAUUUAGUGUUGAGUUCACUUGAGUAUAUUUUCCCUCUCUGUGGUGUGUAUCGUACGGUGAUCAUUUCUGUGGACAGAUGGAUAAAUUACUAUAGUGAAAUUGGCAAAGGGUUAUUUUUUUUUAGAUUUUCCGUACCUAUCAAAGACUCUUAGGAAACUGGUUGUGUGAAAAAAUAAAGAAAUCCGUCGGUGGUGUAGUGUACAUAGAUCUCCACAACCAUGUGUCUGCUGUCAGGCGGGCAAUGAUUUUAGCAUGAAUUCCAAAGAUAAUUGGUAGAAACUGUUUACUCUUCUGUUUUUUUUCCUACCCCGUUUUUAAUUUCACUCUCUGAAAUGUCAGUGCUGGUUCAUAUUAAAAAAGCCCUCUCCCAAACAAACUGAAAAUUAACUGAACAUUUCGUCUUUUUUCACUGUUCAUCUAGAACAAAGACAAUUGCCUUGAAAAUAUGUCUUUGCAAGAAAGAAAUCUAGUUGUUAUCCUAAUUGUUGGUAUAUUUAUAUAGGAUAAAAAUGCUUGUGAUGCCAUGUUUUUGUACAGUUUUAUGUACAUACAAGUGAAGCUUUCUAAAAGUUCUGAGAAAAGCCGAUGGCAUAUAAAAAUUGUAACAUGUUUUUCUUGAGAUGUGCACAUCUUGCCUUGGUUGGAUUGACCUUUGCUGAAUCAGUGUGAAUGUGGCCGUUCUAUGCCUGCACUGUAGUCAUUCACCGGCUCCCACCUCCUGAGGACUUAAUCAGUUUUUAUGUUUAUCGUGAACAGUGGAUCGUCUUAUCUUACCAGUUUGUUAAACUCCUGUGUUCUGCUUCGUUCUGUUUUCGCAUGUUGACAAAUUCUCUUGUAAUACUGUAAGUCCUCAUGAACUUUGUAAUAAAAAUCAC